ACCACUUCCAGAUGAAGUUGUUCAAGCAUUGGAUGAAGCAUGGAGUAUGACUCGUACUAUUGCAAAAACAACAAAAUUAAUUCUUCGUUGUCAUCAUUUAUUAUUUGAACAAAUUCUUGAAUUACUUUCUCAUACAAUAGAUGUUCAAACGUUAGAAUUUGAUUCUUUAUUACUUAAUAGAACCAAUUCUCUUUCAUUUCAACAAAAUCAACAAUUUCCAUUUAUAUCAAAUAGAAAUAAAAUUGAAAAUGUAACAAUUAUAAAAGGAAUAACAUUAGAUAAAAUUCAAUUAUGUAUUCUUCUUUUUUCUCAAAUGAAACCUUUAACAAUUAAUUUACAUAAAAUUCAGUUAGAAUCAAUUCUUCAAUUUAUUUUAUUAGAAUCAAAUUUAUCAUUAUUAUGUCUUUCAAAACAACGUAAAGAUUUCUUCGAAUCAGUGAAAACUUUAAUUGAUUCAAAAGAACUUAUCCGUAAUUAUACUAUAAAACAUGUUAAUCGAAAAGUUUAUUUAUGGUGGUAA